ACUGUUUUGAGCUUCAGACCAAUGCACUGUGCUGCACCUGUUUGAUGGAACUCGCUGCCAUUAACUAUAAGAACAAGUAGCAGCCUCGGCAUCUUUAAAAAGCAUCUUAAAAUAUUUCUUUUUAGGAAAGCUAAUAAUUUACUAGAAAAACUCUGAAUUUUAGUGCUUUGGAUAUUUUAAUUUCAAUUUUUUUAUUGAAUUUUAGACUUUUAUUUUUUAGAUUUUAGCAUAGCAUGGAAUUCUUUUGUUAUUAUUAUUAUUGUUAUUAGUAGCUUUUUAGGAAUUUUUUUUAAUUGUAAUUUAAUGUUAAACGCUUUUGAAUAUGUUAUAGUUCUAGCGCUAUACAAAUUCUUCAUCAUCAUCAUUACCAUUAUCAUCAUCUCCUAUCAAACUGGCGUGAAAUAACCUCUAUCUUAUUUUGUCUUUUUCACCUUCCGUUUACAGGUGAACCCAUUUUCGUUGCACUUCAACAAAUCCUGCUGGAAGCACGCAUAGAGUCCAGCAAAACUAAGCUGUCGCAGACGUUAAAGAGGACUGCUUGGGAGAGAGGUUUUGCGAUUUCUGACAAUCAAGGAGAGGGGAACUGCAUGUUUUUUGCACUUUCAGAGCAGGUUGACCUCAUCAAAGGAAUUCAAAUGUCCCAUGAUGAGUUACGCCGAACUAUUGUUCAACACCUUCGGGAAAACCCCAGGCUGGUAAAUACCUUAUUAUUUUUGCUUGGGUAGAUUCAUCUGCGAGCCGUAAGCCGUCGCAUUUGCCCGCUGAAUUUUUUUCGUUGUUCUUAAGGUUAUUAGUAAUAAGACCCUGUCCACACGUAGUGUAUUUGAAUUUUUUUUCGCCCGUCUACAUAAGAACGCUGAAAUGAUUGAAAUACGAUAGCAUCCCUCACAGAACAAACGCAGUGCUACUAGCAUAUAAUAAAUGACACCGUCGUAUUAGAAAACCUCUGUUUUUGUCCGUCCACACGGAAACGAAAAGUCGACGUUUUCAAAAGUCCACUCUGGGGACCGCUUUCUGUUGACCUGUGUUUUUGGUGCCCGAAAAGGCCGUUUUCGUGUGGACAGAAGGCUAAAAAUACCCUGAUACGUGUGGACGGGGCCUUAAAUUCCUGCAAGCAAAUGCGACGGGCUUCACGGGUAUGCUGCAAAUGAAUCCACCCUUUAUUAGCGAAACAGCAGCUCUGCAUGAGCAUCACCCAUGUUUGUACUUUUCUUCGUCGUCCACUGCACGACGUGAAUCUUCCUAGUGCGACGUUUUGUGAAGGACCUCGAACGCACGGCGACGAAGUAUUGUUAUUAGAUCGGGAUGCUGUCCUUAAAAUACAAAUCCCAGAAAUUUCUUCUCCUUUUUUUAAUUUACAAAACGCUACAUAAGGACCAUGAAGAUUUAAAUUAACGCAAAUUAGUUUCCUUUAAUCACAUUUUUAUCUCGGAAAUGGAAAAUAGAAACCGAUUUUAGGAAAUCUGUUUCUGUCGCCUCGAUCGUCUGACUUAUGUCCUAAUUUUUUAUAAGUACGUUAUUUUACUAAGUAGGAAAUGUUCACUGAAAGCCGCUUUGUUCCAACAGCAUAUGUCUAUAUAGUGAAGUGAAUAGUUUAUUUAAAGAGGGUAAAACUUGACAGUUAUAACAUCAACUGAUAAACGUGAGGUCCUCAAUACUGGUUAUAUAUGUAGGGCUAUUUCUGACCCAACGUACUUGGCCUGGUCGAAAUUUCCAAACUUUUAUUAUUUCCUGAUAAACACCUCUUCCCCUUUCACUUACACGUGUGACAGACACCUCACUAAAACCUCCUAAAGUACCUUCCUGAAAGUGUUGGUCCCUGCCGUUCUCAAUUUUUUUUUUUUUUGGACUUUUUACAAGGAUAAUAGUAUAGGAUACACAGUUUAGACCUCGUUUUUGAAGUGAAAUCUCAUUAGCAUGAAGUGGAACAAAUAAGUGUAGGUGUCAUCUUUAUCUCAUGAAUAAACUGCGGUAGAAUCUCAUCAAGAUAUAAACGUCUAAGUUAUACGAGUUAUUUUUAUGUAGUGUCUAGUAUAACCAGUUAUUCUUACAUUGAUAGUGUAGGAAUCAUGUUCUUAUUUGGUGAGAAUGCCGUAAAAGUUUAUUUCAUUGUCCAUUGCAGAGACCCUUUUGGCCUGGUUGCGGUUCACUACUAAAGUGGACAUAUCUGCUCUAGUGCCGAUACCAGCGGGGUCCGCGCAGCUGCCUGAAUAUAUACCUUCUGCAAAAGCACUCUGCCUUUUUCUGCAUUAACUACAGUAUUUACUUUCUUUCUUACAGCCGAAUGGGACAGAACUGUUUCAUUUUGUUCAUGGAUAUUCAUCUUGGGAUGCCUACCUCACGUGCAUGAUGGUAGAUGGUACAUGGGGUGAUCACGUGAUUCUACACGGCGCUGCAAACUUUUUUCAAACGUGCAUCCACGUGAUCAGCAGUCUGCCACAUUGCCAUGACGUAAUGAUUUGUCCAGAGUAUGAUGUUACUGGUAGCAACCGGCUUGUCCUGGGUCACGUGGAUGAGCUUCACUAUGUUAGCCUUAUUCCUUACUCGAGUGAUUUAAGGCAUCCCUCCUCGCUCCAUUUUGGGCUUUUGUCAUUUCUUCUUGUUUUAUCCGCCAUCUUCUUUCAUUUUUACUUAAACAGAUGUGCUUAAGUUUGAAACCAUUUUUGAAGCUCACACUGUGCCUCUUAAGGUCAUGUGACCAGUCACGCCAGGAGCCCAGUCACGUCCAUAAUUAUGCAAGUUAAGUAUUUUCAGAUAACGUCAUGAAAAUGGCAGUUGAAGCUCCCGUUUAUUUUUCCAUAGUGUUAGGUUUAAAGUCAAAUUGAACGGAG